CCCCCCCCCUCCUCACCCAGGCGGUCCAAUCACCAGAUGCAUUCCACGCUGCUGUACUGCGCCUCUUCUGGAGCUUCUCGUGGGUUCUGGAGAGGAAUCGGAGCAGGAGCACCAUGAGUCACUUCUAAGAUGUUCUCCGUCUGCUGAGUUCAAGAGUGUCUGAGUGCACUGAUUCCACUUCCCGCCAUGAAGUCGGAUUCUCUGACAACUGUUCACCCAUCGGGAGAUGCACAAACCUCCAAGGUGAAGCUUACCAAGAAGCCUGGAGAGCGGACCACUGCGGCAAAGCCAAAGACAACAUCGACCGGAACACCGAUUCUGAACGGCACCGCUGUGGGGGCCAGGCGGGAUGUCGCCGGUCCGGCUCGCUCUCGUGUGGCGAAGGAGCCUGAGAAGAAGGCAAAUCCCGGGAGCAGAUCCAAGACCUCCCCUCCAAGCUGCGUGUCGAGACCUCCAAGAAGUUCUACGCAACAAGCCGCCUCGUCAACGUCGAGCGGCGUCUCGCCAGAAAACGGCGGCGGCAGGAGCCCUCGAAAUGGCACUACUUCCAUUCCAGGAGCAAAGCCCAAACAGCAGGCCAAGCCACCGAACAAACUUGCAGCGACCAAAUCGGAUGCAACAAAGCAGAGCAGCAGCAGUCCCGGUAGCAGGUCCAAGGUGAAAGUACCGCCUGGAGCAGUGGAGGCCCCUGUGGCUGGAGCAGUGAGAGCAAGGGCGGACCCCAAAGGCAAAGGAGUCCAAGACAGUAACGUCACCAAGUAUGGAUCUGUUGGGAAAAAGCAGACUUUGCCCAGGAAGGAUUUAGAUGGCCCGAGAUCCUCUGCGCUGAGCAAACCACACGGGGAAACUGCCAGAAAGGUCUUAACCUCAGUUUUGGCUAAAUCCUCUUCUAAACCAACCAAAGUGUCUCCCACAUCUACUAAGCAGCCCUUCAACAAAUCAGCACCAAAACUUAAAAGUACCACAGAAUCGGAGGGACCUUCAGCAAAAACUGGAGUAACCAUCAGAAGUUCUAAAGGUCAGGGUGCUAAGGAAAAUGGUCAAAGUUCAGACUGUAAAACUGAAGAGGUGGACAGCGGCGGCGCAGGGGCAGAUAGCGCUGCGGAACUCGUGGCACCAUUGCCACCAAAAGGCCAAGAUUCCCUCAGCCCCCAUCAGGACUCAACUUCUUCCGUUGUCCAGAAGACUGACCAACAGUCCACAAAUGGCGCGAAUGAACCUUGCGUAGCGCCGCCAGCAGUAAGAUCCAUUGCCGUGGUUAAAAUGUCUGACAGCCUUACGGGGCUUCAGUCACCGAGUACGCCUGGCGACACCCCCUGCAGUGGGGCAAGUACCAGCACUCCCUUAGAGGACUCCUGGAGUGGCGGCAUCCACCCACAAGUUAGCCCUGCAUCAGAAACUGGCAGUACGCACUCAACCUCCUCGGACGACAUCAAGCCCCGGUCGGAGGACUACGACGCAGGGGGUUCGCAGGACGACGACGGGUACAACGAACAAGGCGUGUCCAAGUGCAGCACCAUGCGCUGCCACGACUUCCUCGGCCGCAGCAGCAGCGACACCAGCACACCUGAGGAAAUCAAGAUGUACGAGGCCGGCACGGUGCUGAGAGUGGACGUCCGGCUGCGUGGCCGGGAGGUGGAGACCACCAGCGAGGAGGAAGGCGCGAGGCCACGUCCCCGGUCGUGGUUGCAAAGGGAGGAACGGUCAGUGACCGCCGAGACGCCUUCCAGCGUGCCUGAGCGCCAGACUUCAGAGGAGGAGGACGAUGAUGAAGAGGAAACAGAGGAGGAGAGAUCAGAAGUGGAGGUGAUCCCUAAUCAGGGUCCGACCGAAGCCUCGCCGCCCUUUCAAGGGAUCAUCAACCCGGCCUUCGAUGAUGACGCCGCGGACCCGGAGAACGAGCAGCCGGACUUUCAGUCUACAUCCAACUUCCGCCGCUCUGUUUUGCUGUCUGUGGAUGAGUGCGAGGAAUUGGGCUCUGAGGAAGGCGGUGUCCAAACCCCUCAAGACCACGACGACGGAGCCACUCCGUGCGACGUUUUUGAGUCGGACUCCGUCACUCCACAAUGCCACCGCGCCCCUUCCCAUGAACACUCCAUGACUGCGCACCAGCCGCAAGGUGAGGAACCGCAAGAAAGGCCCUUGAAGUUCCUGACGGAGAUUCAGGAGACGCAAAGCCAAGGGACCGACGGCCCUCCGCCGAGCACCAAUACCACCAGAGACCCCCCGCCCCAGGAGCGGCCGUGUCACCUGGACCUGCGGCCGCCAUACACCGAUGGAACCAAGAAGACCGACUUACACCUAGACUUAAAUGAGCCGCACAAGAUGGGGGACUCUCCCUUACAGUCUCCAGCAGGCGACAUUGCUUGUGACAGAUUGGAUCUAGGCGACGGCAAACCCGAGCAGACUCCGUCCAACAAAGCCCUCCUCUCCCCCAUUUACGAGAUGGACGCGGGCGACGCGUUCGUGCGCCGCUCGGACAAGGACACAACGGGACAGGAAAAGUUUGAGGACAAAGGCAGCGAGUUUGCCAAGCGGGACUGGAGUCUUCUCAGGCAGCUCCUCUCGGAGCAGGAGUCCAAUCUGGGCGUGAUCAACCCGGUGCCAGAGGAGCUGAACCUGGCACAGUACCUCAUCAAGCAGACGCUGUCUUUGUCCCGGGACUGUCUGGACGCCAGGUGCUUCUUGUCCCCGGAGAGGGAAACCUUCAAGCGCUGGGCCGAACUCAUCUCGCCUAUGGAGGACUCGUCCACCAGUAUCACGGUGACCAGCUUCUCCCCGGAAGAUGCCGCCUCGCCGCAAGGGGAGUGGACCAUUGUGGAACUAGAAACACACCAUUGACCUUGCGUCCACACGUGUGAAAAGUAAAGGCAUAUUUCAUCUUGGUCCCCGUUUAUUCUAAGGAUUUUUUUUUUUUUUUUUUUUAAACCUCAGGCAGGUUCAUCCACCUGAUCUUCUGUACACAUGUUCACACCCGAUCGUCCUAAUCAUUCGGUGUUCUAAUCGAUUCUUUUCGGGAAAACUGGCUACAGCCUUGCAUUGUGUGUUGUGUUACCAAAUUAAAGAUGUGUGUUUAUGUAGA